AUGCCAUUUGUGCCGCUAUCCUCUAUCUUUCACCACCAACCAAUUGCGAGGACAUCACCUCAAGGUUCAAAAACCACGGUCGAAUCUGAGCAACACACAGCUUUGCGCUAUGCUUACCAACGUGAUGUAUUGAGCUCAAUGGUUGGGAAGUUACUUAUUCGUGGAACGGCUGUACGACAUUUUGGAAUUCCUCCGUGUGACGUUAAACUGGAACGUUCAUCUGAGGGAAGACCUUAUCUGAUAGAUCAUUAUGACAAGCUAGACUUUAAUAUAUCACAUGGUGGUGAUUUCACCAUUAUUGCAGCAACUUCUGAGGGAAGAUGUGGCACCGAUGUCAUGCGCAUUGAGCUACCACCAUCCCAGACAUCUGUUAGGGACUUUGCAUUGAAAAUGAAAAGCGUCUUUUCCACGAUAGAAUUGGAUCGUAUUUUAUCUCCUGAUUGUGAGACUGAACGAAUAAAACGGUUUUACGAACACUGGUGUCUCAAAGAAGCAUAUGUCAAAGCUUUAGGCUGUGGGAUUCGCAUUCCUUUACACACUGUGGAGUGUCAUUUCCCUGAAGAUGGCUAUCUGUUCGCACACCGAAAGCUUACUGACGAAACAGAAAAGCAUUGGGUUUUUGAGAAGCACAAUCUUCCCCAAAAUCAUCUAGCAAUUAUCGCUUGGUUCGGAGAUCCAAAUAUGGACUAUGAUAUUAACGGUUCAUUCAUACAGUUGACAUAUGAACAACUAAUAAACAAGUUAACAAUUCUAUCUGCUGUAAACAGUGAUGUCUGGGAUCAGUUUUUAAGCAAGCCGAAAGUACCACCCUCAGCUCGUCAAGCAAUUCAAAGUCAAUAA